GAUCGUUGUUAUUAGAGGUAGUACUGGUCAACAACGACGAGUGACUCGAUAUUGGAGCCUCCAGCGGUGAUCCUCAAGCACCCUGAAACAGAUGACAGUCUCACCGAUAUCGGCGACAGAGCUCGAUCGAGUCUUACAGCGUGCAAAACGGAAAGACGAUCUCGGUCAUAAAAUCGCGAAUGCGCUCGAUUUGAUAGAUCAGCAGCUUCAGAGCCUUGGAGAGGAAGCUGUGGCCAUAUCAUUCAACGGAGGCAAAGACUGUACUGUACUUCUACAUCUGUACGCUGCGGCUCUAUACAGCCGCCACGAGCGUGUAUCGGCACCUGAUGCCUGGCCGAGACCAACCGAUGAUCAGACGGCGGAACAUUCAGAUGCUGGGCAAGAGCGGUCGAAUGGACGGCUCUCCCAAGAGAUCCGAGCGAUAUCACACUCAUCUCCGCGGACUGGAUCGGGUUCUGACGUCUCGACCGGGAACGUACCGAUAGAUGGGCCUAGUCGUCCGCCUCCGCCAUUACCACCACAAUGUACCACUUCAUCUGAUCAAGUUGAGUCUUCCACAUCAGCCACUCGUCAUGGACGGCUCGACCAAUCGACAGCGUCCUCUUACUCUGCGCCAUCGUCAUCAUCAAAACUGCCUUAUCCUCCCAUCCGAUCCAUUUACAUCACUGCUCCAGAUCCGUUCCCUGAACUCGAGACGUUCGUCCUUGAUUCUGCUGAGCGAUAUGGUAUGGACCUGUAUCGUUUUGGCGGGGGCAUGAAAGCGGCUCUCGAGGAGUAUCUGAAUUGUGGAGGAGGUCGAGGGGUCAAAGGUGUUCUGGUCGGUACUCGGCGAGGGGAUCCGAAUGGAGACGUCAGUGAGCUGGCACCUACUGAUCCUUCCUGGCCUCAAUUCCUACGCAUUCAUCCGAUCCUCUUUUGGUCCUAUGGUGAUAUUUGGACCUUUCUACGUGAACUCGAUGUUCAUUGGUGUUCUCUCUAUGAUCAAGGCUAUACGUCGCUAGGGUCAACGAAGAAUACCGUAGCGAAUCCCGAGCUGAAACGAGGUGCUGAUCAGUGGGAACCAGCGUGGAAAUUACAAGACGAAUCAAAGGAACGUGCUGGGAGAUUUAGACCGUCAAUAGCAUGAUCAAACUUCAACUGCAUCUUACCUAUGCAUCCAUGAUCUGUCAUGCAUGC